UUAAAGACACUGUACACUUAUAACUUUGAAGGGGGGUAUAAAGUUCUUUCCGUCAGCCCAACUCCGCCAUUUCUCUCUAGAACGGACGCUGUUACAUUGCAGAUCAUCUUGUCGUGUUCGGCUGUCUGCACUGUGGCCCGUGGGCGACCAAGGCAGCUUUGUGUGGGAUAACAAGGAAGUUGUAAUGUUGUAAUACUGAUAGAGGAGAUAUGGAUGGAGAAAUCCCUAAUAUCAAGAAGUGGAUUGUACUGUAUCCUAUUUACAUAAAUUCAAAGAAAACUAUAGUAGAGGGAAGGCGAAUAACCACAAGCAAAGCUUGUGAGAAUCCUACUUGUGAUGAGAUUGGUGACUGCUGCCGCCAUCUUAAACUCCCAUCUGCUGUUGAGGUUGAUAAGGCAUAUCCACGUGAUUUCAUGCAAAAAGGAAGAGUGAGGGUAUUGCUAAAAAAGGAGGAUGGGAGUUUAUACAAUCCAGAUAUUUCUUCCAGAAAACAACUGAUGGUUCGUGUUGCAGAGUUAGUACCUAGACAACCAGGAAGAACCAAGAAACAGGAGCCUGCUGCAUCUACCUCAGGCGCUGGACCUUCCAAAUCUGGGAAGGGUGGAAAAAAGAAGAGAUAGCUUCAAUGUUUGCAAAAUCCACCGCUUCAUUCUCUAAGAAUAGGCUUCUUCUGGAGAAGCUCUCAACUUCACUACUACUGGGAUUCUCUGGUAGAAUUUUUGUUUCUCUUUUUGUUCGUUACCCUAAUUGUGAUUUGAUUGAACUAAAACUUUCUGUGUUUUGUGGGAAGUGUCAUGUUAGUUAUGCAUGGAAAUUUUCUUCCACAAAACUUCGAAACAAAUGAAAAGGUUGAAAGGAUAUGAAGUAAUAUCAAAUUUACUGAUAUGCAUGAUGAUGAAUAUGCUACUGCUGCUGUUUCUAGUCGGAAUUUCCAUCUCUGACGAAUUCCGGUGUCGGUGUGUCCAUAGAUCGUAACUUCUAAUCAGUUGGAUGAAGUGGAUACAAAGACCACUGGAGGACAUUUUAAUGUAGAUUUGUGUAAUCAAAUUCAAUUUGAAACCAUUUCAAAUGUUAUUUAGAACAUAAUUGGAUGUCUCAAUGCCAUGAAUGCACUCUCUCU